AUGAACUUCAACUUGGCGGAAGUAUGGGGCGAGCUUCUGAGCUCGAUUGCAAACAAUGAAGCGGUUCUAAGAGAGCUUCUCGAAGGUCGCCCGGAGAUCGAAAAGGCGAGGGAUUUGAACUACAUAUUUAUGAAUUAUCUCUCUAUCAUUCACAAAAUCUUCACUAUAAAGGUGGGAGGUGCAUGGAUUGAUCCUAGAGCCAGGAUACCUAGUGACUUGGAGUUUGUCGAAAUGCUGAAAUUGCUCGUCCGCUACACACACGAUAUCACUACUUGGAUCGAGGACCAUGAUCGAAGCGGUCUGCCAUGGAAAUGCAUCAAGGAGUUCUACUCAGGAUCUCUUCUUGAAGUCGACACGCAGUGCCAGAUAUGGUGGACACUGGCGGAUAUGACAACACUCAAUCAAGGGACAAGACCGUUCUCGAUGCCAUCACCAUUGUCGCCAACCGGAAUAAGGCCUUCGCAAUUUGACACGCAUGAGGCUCCACCGACUCCAGCGUUGUCUUUCACAGAAUACCAAAGUCCGUCCAUUGCUUCUUCCAAGUUCAGUGGCCCAUCCACCAUAACGUCCUUCAAUGAAGACCAGAUCGCAGUUGGAAUGCCGUCAAGUUGGAACGAUGCCGGAGAACCAGGAUUUGCCUCACACUUCAAUCCACUUGGCGGGUUUGACCAGAGAUUUUUGAAUAAUGGUGGUAGCCAACGUGGAGCGUCAAUAAUACAGCAGUCUGCGGCAACUAUGCCAUCUACACCUCGACUAGAACAGCAAGGAUUUGUACCCUCACCUAAUCCGAGUCUAGCACUUCAAAGUUCUGCCAAUAAGCGAAAUGGAUAUUUUCAGCCAAUGCCCCCGCCGGUUCGAAAGGUUGCUAUACCACGGCUCCAAAAACAAGGAGCUUUUGAGCCACUUCUCCCGCCAAUUCAGAACUCGGCACUUCGAUCUUCUCCCGCCAUCGAAAAAGCUUCGAGUUGUGCACCACCUAAGAAGCGACGAUACACAAAGCCUUCAGCAGAAACCCUGAUCGCCAGACAACAAAAGCGACAAGCAGUAGGCAGCGAGAAGCCGAAACAGAAUCCAGUGUCUACUGAAUAUGAAGUUUUUACACCUGGCCCAGCAUCUUCGCCUGGCACUUUGGGGAAUGACUUAUGUCGCGGCGCCCUUGAAUAUUCCGGAGAAUCUUAUAGAUCCGACCGCUCGAUCUUACCAACAUUUACUUCUGCCAACACCAACAGAUCGCCAUCUAUGCCCAAUUCAAAUCACAAUUCGAAUCAAGGUGCUAGUACUUCACAUUUGCACUGGGACGACGCACCGUCAGCUACCUUUAACUCAAAUCAGGGAAUUGGAAACACAGGCCUUGGACUCUCUAGUCCUCCAAUGAACCGCGAUUUCAGGAACUUUGAGGGUCUUGUACCUAACUUAUGUAUGGAUAUGAAUAUGGGACACGCAGGCACAUGUGUUAUCCCCCAGAAUACAAUGCAUAUCAAUUCACCAAUGCACUACUCGAAGACGAGCGGAGGCAACUUUAAUGGUGCAACCCAGAAAAUACGACAAAACAUGUCCAACAAUGCCGUCAAAAUGGGGAAUGUUCUAGGAAUGGAACAAAUUAUGGGCCAUAAUCAGUUGAAUUCAUUUACCUCGUGGGACAAAAAUCUGCUUGAGCCACGACAGGUACUUGAGAAUGAUUUUAUGGAUGAAGAUUUUGGCUCUUAG